GGCCCCAGCCUCGCCCCGGAGAUUCCUGGACCUGCUUGUGCUGACUGCUGUUUGCGCAGCUGCUCCCUCCGCAGGUUUUUGAAACAUGAAUCCUUCACUCCUCCUGGCUGCCCUUUGCUUGGGAAUAGCCUCAGCUGCUCCAACACUUGAUCUCAGCGUAGACGCGCAGUGGAACCAGUGGAAGGCAGCACACAGGAAACUCUAUAACGAGAGUGAAGAAGGUUGGAGGAGAGCGGUGUGGGAGAAGAAUAUGAAAGUGAUCGAACUGCACAAUUGGGAACACAGCCAGGGGAGACGUAACUUCACCUUGGCGAUGAAUGCCUUUGGCGACAUGACCAAUGAGGAAUUCAGGUUGGUGAUGAAUGGUUUUCAAAACCAGAAGCACAAGAAAGGGGACAUGUUCCAAGAACCAGCCUUAGCUGAGAUCCCCCCAUCUGUGGAUUGGAGAAAGAAAGGCUGUGUAACUCCUGUGAAGGACCAGGGUGGGUGUGGUUCUUGUUGGGCUUUUAGUGCAACCGGUGCCCUUGAAGGACAGAUGUUCCGGAAAACUGGCAAACUCGUCUCGCUGAGUGAGCAGAACCUGGUGGACUGCUCUCGCGCUCAGGGCAAUGAGGGCUGCAGUGGUGGCCUAAUGGAUAAUGCCUUCCAGUACGUCAAGGACAACGAAGGCCUGGACACAGAGGAAUCCUAUCCAUAUUAUGGAACGGAUGACACUUGCAAGUACAAGCCUGAGUUUUCUGCUGCCAAUGACACUGGUUUCGUGGACAUCCAUAAGGACGAGAGGUCCCUUAUGAAAGCAGUGGCAAGUGUGGGGCCCAUUUCUGUUGCUCUAGAUGCAAGCCUUGAGUCCUUCCAGUUCUAUGAAAAAGGCAUUUAUUAUGAUCCGGAUUGCAGCAGCGAGGACCUGAAUCAUGGUGUUCUGGUGGUUGGCUAUGGCUUUGAAGGAGUAGAAAUGGAUAACAAUAAAUAUUGGAUUGUCAAGAACAGCUGGGGUACAAAGUGGGGCAUGGAUGGCUACAUAAAGAUGGCCAAGGAUCUGGACAACCACUGUGGGAUCGCCUCCAUGGCCAGCUAUCCUACUGUGUGAGAUGGUGGUGACUGAGAUGUGAUUAAGAACAGAA